UUUACUCGCAUAAUAAUACAAGCACUCACUCCCUGCUCGUCUCUGUUUCCUUCCUGCACUCCACACAAUCCCCAUUCACUACCUGCGACCUGGAUCUUUCCGCUCUCCUGUCAUUAUUGUUUGCAUGCCUUCAGCGGAUUCCGGAAAACUGACUUGUCGUUCCGCACCUUUGUCCAGACUGCAAGUUGUCUGGUAAGCUAGUAUUUAGAGACUCACUACUUCCAAGGUCCCAUACUUUCGAUCUGCUACGCUUUCGCCUAUUCUCUUCACAUCAACGAUCGAUUCGACUUUGAACUCGAAUUACGAACAUGAGUCGAGUCUUCAGGAUGGAGGAUUGGGCGCCGCAAGAGGCGCAAAACUCUUUCUCGUCUGCAAGUGAUACUCCGAAUGAUUCAUUCGACCAAGGCGCAAACUCGAGGCCCUCCUUUCGAAAGCGUCUGGGAUCUCUCCCUCUUGACCAUUCCCUCCCUACCUUCCGCAAACGUCUCCAAUCACUCCCACUAGAUAGCAGGAGCACCGAGCUCAGCGAAGGUAUACAAAUUAUGUCCCUGGCUGGAAGAGAACCAGCAGAAACACAGGUCGGAGAGGAGAACAAAAAGGUUGGGGGAAUUCGAGGAUUGCUCAGGAAGGCAUCUGUCUCUAUUAAGAAUCGGCAACGUCGUCAUUCACACGCAGUCGAGGAACGGCCUCAGACCGCAUGGCGCAGAUUGAAGACGGCCACUAGCUUCCACAGAGGCUCGAAAUUCCUUCCUCCUUCAUUCGACUAUCAAGAAGGUCAAGUUCCUUUCGAUUCCCACCAAGAGUUAUUAUUCUCCCCUAUUCCAGGAAACGGAAAUGCUCCUCCUAUAAUUCCUCGAGGCUACGGUGGAGCUGCGGCUAGAGCGACAGCAGCAGCGCAAAACGAAUAUAUCGAGAGAAACCGCAUGUUUCUAUUCCCGGAGGAUCAAAUUGGAGAGAACGAAAGUGGCAUCGGCAUAGCAGUUACCAUGGCUGAUCAGGUCGAAGAAUUCGUUGUGGAAACACCACCCGGCAGUGAUAUUAGUCGCGUGGAUUUUGUGGGCGACCUGCCAGUAGAACUCGCAAUUCAAAUCCUUGCUCAUUUGGAUCAUGGAACACUGCGGGGUGCAGCUCGAGUCUCGAAGAAAUGGGCACAAGUCACCCAAUCGCAGCAUAUCUGGCGCGAGGUCUUCCUAAGAGAGCAAACCAAGACCUUUGCUACUGGAAAGCCCCUCCAACUGGGUGCUGGACUUGGGCUGCCAGCUUUCGAAGCCGACAAUGACUGGAAGGAUCUUUAUAGAGUUAGGGAGCAGUUGCGUCGGAAUUGGAAGACAGGUGUCGCGGAAGCCACCAUGCUGAUCGGUCAUUUGGACAGCAUCUACUGCGUCCAAUUUGAUGAGAGAAAGAUCAUCACAGGAUCUCGAGACAAGACUAUCCGUGUCUGGGACAUGCAUACCUCUGUUUGCACCUUGGUCAUUGGACCUCCAGAUGUGGUCAACAAUCCUAUCGUCCUGUUCGACGAAGACGGCAGGACUCAGCACUAUGCGAUCUUACCCCACAGAGAGGAUGAGCGAGUUGCUGAGUCUACUCCUGCGACGGUGUCCUUCUCCAUGUAUCAUGAACAAUCUAUCUUGUGCCUACAAUAUGACGAGAAUAUAUUGGUCACUGGAUCUUCUGACAGUACAUGCAUUGUAUACGAUAUCAAGAACGGAUAUACUCCUAUUCGGCGCCUUGUUCAUCAUACCGGUGCCGUUCUUGAUCUUGCUUUCGAUGAUCGAUACAUUGUUACAUGCUCGAAGGAUGCUAGUAUCUGUGUUUGGGAACGAGAGACAGGAGUGAUGCUGAAGCAAUUGAGAGGUCAUACCGGCCCAGUGAAUGCUGUUCAGUUGAGAGGAAAUACUAUCGUCAGCUGCAGUGGCGAUUUCAAAGUCAAGCUGUGGAACAUUGAUACCGGCAAGAAUAUUAAGGAGCUUACUGGCCAUACCAAGGGUCUUGCUUGCAGCCAAUUUUCGGAUGAUUCGAGAUUCAUUGCUUCGGCGGGAAAUGACAAGAUCAUCAAUAUCUGGGAUGCCAACACGGGAGAAAAUUUGAAGAGUAUCACUGCUCACGAGGGUCUUGUUCGAUCACUUCAUAUCGACUCAAUCAGUGGACGUCUGAUCUCUGGCAGCUACGAUCAAGACAUCAAAGUUUUCGACAUGGCUUCUGGAAAGACAAUUCUUGAUUUCCCAAAAUGGCAUGGAAGCUGGAUCUUAGGAGCCAAGUCCGACUAUCGACGAAUCAUUAGCACCGGUCAAAUUCCUAAGGUCCUCAUCAUGGACUUUGGCAAGAGGAUCAAGGGCAUUGAGAAUUUAGAGAGUCACUAAAGGUUCUAUUUCUCGACUGGCGUUAUGAACUGGAUUUCGGGUACGUUACUAGAUACUGGGAAGCAAUUUCAAACAUGGUGACGAUUUGCGUGGAGGAUACCCAUUUCAUUUGUGGCGGUGGGAUUACCUGGGGUAAUUUUCAGCUUGGAGUUACUUGGGUGGAUCUUUCAAUUUAGCGAGCGGGCAUUGAAUUGAGCGUUCUUCAUA